AAAUUUAAUUUCAUCACAAAAAACUCUUGCCAGUCAACAAAUUGCAUGCACUAAUUAAUUAAAUAGUACUCCUAACUCAAAUUAAUUAAGAAGCUAGGGAACAGUCGAUCAGUUAGAUCAGUAGGGAUGGAGUACUGGAGAUCAUCGAGAAGUAGUAGCAGCAGCAGCAGCAGGAGGGUCUUGGGAGUGAUCAUAAUCAUGAUUGUGCUUUUGGAAAGUGCAAAACAAGGGACAUCACUUGGGCCGGCAUAUGCUUGUUGGGGAGGGUGCUACAAUGGGUGUAUUUUCCAAAAUGGAAAAUAUCUCCAAAAUGAUGAUCAGAAGUUGCCUUGUUAUUGGAAAUGCUUGGGGAGUUGCAUUUCUCACAGUGAUUCAGAUUACCACUACUAUUGUCAGCUUGGUUGUUCACUCAAAUUGUGCACCAUGUUUAGCUUUGAUGGAGGAUUGAUGGAAAAAUGCCUGGAGAACUGCUCUAACAAAAUCUGCAACACCAGCUUUUAGAAAGUGUCUCGAAAGAGAGAGAGAGAGCAUAUGUAGUGAUGCUAUAACUACAAAUACUACUAGAAAGUUUCACAAUUCUGUCUUGCCUAGUUAGACACAAGUAAAUUAAGGCAGAAAUAUUAUGUGAAGAAAUAAUAAUAAUAAUAAUAAUAAUAAUAAUAAUAAUAAUAAUAAUAACCCGUGGAAGCUUUGCCUUUGGGUUGCUUUUACGUGUGGAUUCAACUA